GAACUCGCCAUUUUGUUUUGUUGGCAGAAGUGAGACAGGUAAAUAUACCGAUAAAUGAUUUUACUCAUGGAUCAUAUAUCUUUCCAAUGACAUAAAUUAUAAUAAUGGCAGCAGUCCUGCCAGAGAAUGGAGCAGUUACGCAGAGUGAGGGGGGCUGUGGUGCCCUAGAGAAACCUCCCCCUCACAAAGCAGGCUCCAUGUCAGAUCCAGAUGUUGGAAAUGAAGAGGACAUUGUUCAGCAGAUCAGUAUUAAUGGCAGUCUAGGGGAACACACAGGGACAGAGUGCGUAGAAAGUUCAGAGACUUGUGACCACAGUGGUGGUACAGAGGGUGCUGAGACAGGUGAUAGGAACUCUGUUAAUGAAACCAUUUCCUCAGAUUCAGCAACAGAAACAUGCAACGUGGUUAAUGAGUCAUGUAGUGUUCAGCCAGCAUUCCAAGCUGAAGUGCACCAAUCCAGCACAGACCAGCAUAUAGCACACAAUACAUUAGACAGUAAUAUAGAUAGCUCCCAGGAGGCGGAGGCAUUAAAGACCAUUGUGAGUGAAGCCAUUGGGAAUCCAGGGGGUCUAAAGAAUAUGACUCCAGACCAGGAAUCACUUCCUGCUCCUAGUGGAGAUGAUAAAGGGAGUGAUACUAACUCCAAACAACUCUCAGAUAGCUCUGUUUCAAAAAGUACAACAGACAUACUGUUCACUUCUAGCUGUGAUACGCAGGGUGAUGGCAGUGACGAUGACCAUCUCCUGUCUGAGCUGGACCUGGAGUUGGACUUGGAUGCAUUUGGGACAACCUUGACUAAAUCUGUGUUACAAAAAAACACUACUACUAACAGGACAGAGUAUGAUGCUCUACAAAAACAGUUAAAACUACAAAAAAGUGAAAUGAACAGGUUGGUCUAUGUAUAAGUUUAUUUUAUAUAUUUAAGUGUAAACAUCUUAAUAUGUGUGAUUUUUUUUUUUCAUUCAAAGAUAGCUUUACACUUUCAAUCUAGACAGUGUAUUUUCCUGCUAAACAUUGCUUUUGGUAUAAUAUGUGUAUGCCCCAAUCCAUGCAGCUGUGCAGGGAUUUCUUUUCUCUAGUAACACCACCAUUUAUCACUGACCUUUAGGCAAUGUUGACUGUAGUGAUGUAAUUGAAUGAUAUGAGUAAGACCCAGCCAUGUAUUUACCUGGACUUUGGACUAUAAACCAGAGUGGCUGGAUCUCAAGAUGUACAUAGGAGAAAUUAUAAAUCUGUUACAUUGAUUAAUGUGCUAUUGAACAUGAUUUGCACCCAUAUUGCUAGAAGCAGAUAUAUUUAUGAUGUUGAAAUAUUAUGAAUAAGCAGAAAUGAGGUGACACUGAUGAAAACUAAGCCAUGAUUCUGUCUACACUGACAACACAUUUCACACAUAGCUCUCUUAACUGAUCCUUUGUUCAAAAUGCUGUUGGUAGACCUGAGGUCAUUACAUGUAUCCAAUAAACAAUCCUUUGGCCUUGAAAUUUUCCCUAGGAGGCACUGGCUACAGUACAUAAUAUCACAUAGUUUAACUCUGAGACAUGCUACAGUACAUAAUAUCACAUAGUUUAACUCUGAGACUUGCUACAGUACAUAAUAUCACAU